GCCUUCUCCGAGCCGAAGUCGUCGGGGUGGUGGCUCCCUCCGUCGUACAUAAUAAGCAGCCUCACUCGGCCAUCUUGUUCUCCAUCCUGCAUGCCCUGCAUCGUCCUCAACCUCCCACUUCUCAAGCCGUGUUGUAGCAAUGGCCUCCACCAUGACCUGGAAUGCCCUCCCGGUAGAAAUGAAACUGUCCGUCGUCGAUCUCCUUGAUUUUCACAACGUCAAAUCCCUCUCGCUGGUGAACCGGGAGGCCUACUCGUAUACUGUGCCGUCUAUUUUCAGGCAUGUGAAAAUACCCGACUACGGGGCGUUGCACACCUAUCUGUCGUCCGUUCCCAAAUCGCACAACCAGUACAUCCGCCGACUGCACGUAUGCACGACGAACACUGUUGGGCAGAUGGCUGCCCCAUCCCCAUCUGUCGAUGGCCGUCCCGUCACGGACGCACUGGCAGAGCUGCUUGCUCACUGCUCCCAGGUGGAACAGCUGACGCUCGACCUGGCAGCCUCACUGCACCGCUCAAUCAUACCUGUAUUCCGACACCUGAGAUCCCUCACCAGCCUCACCAUCAAUCAUUGCGGAGAUGAGGAGCGGACACCAUUGAGCGAACGCCUCGUCGUAGCCAUUGCGGCGUCCGUACCCAGCCUUUCGCAGCUGUCUCUCGACAGAAUUACUCGGUCCGCUCUCCAUGCCCCCGAACUCGUCGGCGUGUACCCCUUCGUUCCGCUCGUAACGGGCGAUGAGGACAUCACCGACCACCCGCUCCUUGGCUCGGAGCUUCGCCUACCUUCUCUGCUCCGUCUGCCCACCCUCAAAAGGCUCCGUAUCCGCGACACCCACUUGGGCGACCCGCAAUGGUCCUCUGCGCCCGUCGCAUGCGCACUCGAGGUGCUCGACCUCGGCAGUUGCUACCACGCCUCGCCGGACUUCAACCGGGAGUGCACCGAACGCAUCAUGGGCAAUGUCGGCCACACGGUCGGCGAGUUCGCGCUCAACACCGCCCUCACGCCGCAGACGUUCCAGUACGCGCAGCACGCCGAGACGCCGCUCAAGCGCCUCCGGAAGAUCCACCUCACGCCCCUCUUCCCCGUGGAGAACGUCGUCGAUACUCUCAGCACACUGUCUGACUCGCCCGUCGAGCAGCUGAGCGUACAGUGCUACGAAGACGAUGUGCUCGAUAUCUGCUCCGCGCUGUCCGACUUCCUCAGUUUGCGGGCGGAGCGCGGCGAGCAGGCGUUCUACAAGCACCUCACGGAGAUCACUGUGAAAACCGUGAGCGAUCUCGCGGACGGGCUGUACGGCCCGUUCGCGCUGGACACCAAAUCCUCCGCCGCACUCCCGCAGGAGUGCGCGAAAGCUGUUCGCGAGCUGCAGGACUUCCUCCGUGACCUGCGUAGCGCUGGCGAAGACCGUCUGACGUCGGGCCCCGCGCAAUCGACGAGCGCAGCUGACGUCGACAUUGAGAAGCCGUCGCCGCCACAGGGCGACCAAACCCCCACGGAAGCAUGAACUAUGUAUACCCCUUGUUUAGAUCCUCGGUCUUUCAGUGCACUGUACGUCAACCUGUAACUUAAGCAGAGUAGAAGCCCUGAGGCAGUGAUACCCUUUAUUCAUUCUUGUAC